AAACAGCUCGAGAUGCGGGGGCAGCUCCCGUCGGGGAUGCUGGGGGGAGGUCGGCACCCCUCGGGGGUGCCCGGGGGGGGUGACGGCAACCGGCUCCCCCUGCCAAGGCGGGGGGGUCAGCCCGGGGUGCCCGGCGGUGGGGUGCGCAGAGGUGCGCGGGGGGCCGCGGAGGAGCCGCUCCCGCCUAGGUGUGAGCUGAUUAUUCAAAUGGGCAGCCGAGGACCUGGGGAUUGGAGGCUCGCCCGGCCGCUCCGUGCUAUAUCACCCGGGCACCCACGUCACUGCAGCACUUGUCCUCCUCUUCCUCCUCCUCCUCUUCUUCCUCCCUCCUCCCUCCUCCUCCUCCUCCUCCGGCUCCUCCAUCGCCUCCGGGCGACUUUUCGCCGCGAAGCAACUGCGAAAACCCACCCAAGGAGCAGCAGCGAAAAAAAAACCCCAGCCCCAAAGCCGCUCGAUCUCCCCCCCCUUCCUCCCUCCCUCCUCUUCCUCCUCCUCCAGAGGCUCCGACGGAGGGGAGGGAGGGCUGGGGACUUUUUUUUUCUCUUUUUUUUUUUUUUUGGGUUGCUCUCUGUCGUCGUUUGUUGUGGCUGUUAAAUUUUAAACUGCCAUGCACUCCACUUCCAGUAUGCUGGGAGCGGUGAAAAUGGAAGGGCAUGAGCACACGGACUGGAGCAACUACUACGGGGAGCCCGAGAGCUAUUCCUCGGUGAGCAACAUGAACGCGGGGCUGGGCAUGAACAGCAUGAACACGUACAUGACCAUGUCGGCCAUGAGUACCACGGCCAACAUGACGGCUGCCACCUCCAUGAACAUGUCCUACGCCAACACGGGCAUGAGCCCUUCACUCACCGGCAUGUCCCCCGGCGCGGGGGCCAUGCCCGGCAUGGGCUCAGCUGGCGUGGCAGGGAUGGGCGCCCACCUGAGCCCCAGCAUGAGCCCCAUGGGAGGCCAAGCAGGCUCCAUGAACGCCCUGGCCCCCUACACCAACAUGAACUCCAUGAGCCCCAUCUACGGGCAAUCCAACCUCAACCGCUCGCGAGACCCCAAGACCUACCGGCGGAGCUACACGCACGCCAAGCCGCCCUACUCCUACAUCUCCCUCAUCACCAUGGCCAUCCAGCAGUCACCCAACAAGAUGCUGACGCUAAGCGAGAUCUACCAGUGGAUCAUGGACCUCUUCCCCUUCUACCGCCAGAACCAGCAGCGCUGGCAGAACAGCAUCCGCCACUCGCUGUCCUUCAACGACUGCUUCCUCAAGGUGCCCCGCUCCCCGGACAAGCCGGGCAAAGGCUCCUUCUGGACGCUACACCCCGAUUCGGGCAACAUGUUUGAGAACGGCUGCUACCUGCGCCGCCAGAAGCGCUUCAAGUGCGAGAAGCAGCUAGCCGCCAAGGAUGGCGGCGGGGCGGGUGGUGGGGCGGGCAGCGGGGGCAAGAAGGGGCCCGGGCAACCCCCCAGCCAACCCCUGGGGGAAGGCAGCUCCUCGGGGGGCUCCGAGGGCUCUGGCGGCGCCGAGUCCCCGGCCAGCGCCUCGCCGUGCCAGGACCACAAGCGAGCCCUGGCCGACCUGAAGGGCACGCCAGGGCUGAGUCCCGGGGAGCCGGCGGCCUCGCCGGCCCAGCACCUCCUGGCCCCCCCACACGCCGGCCUGCCCCAUGAUGCCCACCUCAAGCCCGAGCACCACUACGCCUUCAACCACCCCUUCUCCAUCAACAACCUGAUGUCCUCCUCCGAGCAGCAGCACCACCACCCUCACCACCACCACCACCACCACCACAAAAUGGACCUGAAGGCCUACGAGCAGGUGAUGCACUACUCGGGCUACGCCUCGCCCAUGCCUGGCAGCCUGGCCAUGGGGCCCGUAACGAACAAAAAUGUCUUAGAGUCCUCCCCUUUAGCCGGAGAGACUUCUUACUACCAAGGUGUGUAUUCCCGGCCCAUCAUGAACUCUUCCUAAAAGGGCCGAGGGGAAGAUACCCCCACAGUGAGGGGGACAGCCCCCCUAUAUCCCCGCGCAGCCCCCGAGCAGAGCGAUGGACUAUGAACGCUGUCGAGCACGGUACAUAUACAUAUAUAUAUAUAUCUAUCUAUUUUUCUUUCCGUUGGCUCCAGAUGUUUGCAUCCGUUCGGGAAUCAGCAGGAAGAACAGGCGCUUUGGUGUCCCCCCUCGGCCCCAAGCCACCCGUGCCCAGGGGGGGUGCGAUUCCCAUGGUUUGCCUUGUGGGGUGGUUUGUUUUGGUCGGGAGGGGCGGGCUGGGGGCAAUGGGAUGGGGAGAGGGGGGUUUCUGUUGGGCUUUAUUUUCCGUUGUUGUCGUCGCAAGGAGGUAUAAAUAUAUCUAUUUUUUUGUGUGGAAGUGACAGGAAAAACAAACAACAGAAACAAACAGAAAUCCUCCUUCAGUGUGAAACCCAUGCUAGUUCUGAAUCCAAAAGUCGUGUAACGUUGUAAAAAGGGGGAGAAAAAGGGGGAGAAAAAAAAAAAAGGGGGAAAAAUAUGAAAAAAAAUUAAAAGUGGUUAAAAAAAAAUUCAGGAUAGAUCGUUGUAAUUGAAACAAACACUUGAUGUUACCGGGAGAGUAAACUACUUGGAUCUGAUUAA